UUUCCUUUUAUAAUUUUGUUUUGCAGGAUAACAAAGCCAUUGACCUUUGCCGAUUGUGUUGGGGAUGAACUUCCUUUGGGAUGGGAAACGGUGUAUGAUAAACAAAUUGGAAUUUAUUACAUGGACCACAUUAAUAAGCUUACCCAGAUUGAGGACCCCAGAGAACAGUGGAGGCGAGAGCAAGAACGGAUGUUGAAGGAAUAUUUAAUUGUAGCCCAGGAGGCCCUCAAUGCCAAGAAAGAAAUCUACCAGAUUAAGCAGCAGCGGUUCGAACUGGCUCAGGAGGAGUUCCAGCAGCUGCACAAAAUGUGUGAGGAUGACAGCCGCUCGUAUGCCAGCUCCUUCUCUGGAUAUUCAACAAAUACCAAGUAUGACCCACACCAAAUUAAAGCAGAAAUAGCAAGUCGUCGGGAUAGGCUUUCCAGAUUAAAACGAGAACUGACCCAGAUGAAGCAAGAACUGCAGUACAAAGAGAAGGGGGUGGAGACCCUGCAAGAGAUUGAUCGUAAGAUGUCCAAUGCUCACACCAACUACAAGCUGGAUGAGGCACAGGCUAUAAUGAAUGAGCUCCGGACCAUCAAGAAAGCCAUUUGUACAGGCGAGAAGGAGAGGCGGGACCUGAUGCAGAGCCUGGCCAAGCUCACUGAUGGCUUCAGGAAUAACUUUUCUCUUACUGACCCUCUGCAAGAAUUCCCUCACCAUCCAGGCGCACUUGGCAAUUCUCACCAGUUCUGUGAUGCUGGGUCUCAGACCGACAUUAUCGGAGAGGUAUGCUUAUUCAUGGAUUUUUCUGUUUCUGUUUCUUGCAGAGUCUCCAACAUCCAGCAGCAAUUGGCCCAGCUGGACAGUGAGUCCUGGCCGGGCAUGGCUGAGGCUGACAGGGACCGGCUGCAGCUUGUCAAGGAGAAAGAAGCCCUGCUUCAGGAGCUGCAGCUCAUUGUGCAGCAGAGAAGGCCGGCGGAAGAUGUGGCCCGGCUAGAGGAGGAGAGGAGGCGCCUGGAGGAGGAGAUCCAGCGCGCACGGGCCACCUCCGUGCAGGGCGCCACGGAAAGGAUUCUACUUCAGGAAAAGAGAAACUGUCUACUUAUGCAGCUGGAAGAAGCAACUCGCCUAACAUCUUAUCUGCAGUCCCAGCUAAAAAGCCUGUCUGCCAGCACCCUGACAGUGUCUUCGGGGAGCAGCCGUGGGUCCCUGGCCUCCAGCCGGGGCUCGCUGGCCUCCAGCCGGGGCUCCUUGAGCUCUGUCAGCUUCACCGACAUCUACGGCCUGCCACAGUACGACAAACCUGAUGUCGAGUGCAGCCAGCUCUUGCGCUUUGAUCUGAUUCCCUUCGACUCCCUAGGGCGAGAUGUCCCCUUCUCAGACCCCCCGGGCCCCGUGGGCUUCCACAAGCAGAGGCGCUCCCUGGACACGCCUCAGUCCCUGGCUUCCCUGUCCUCCCGCUCCUCCCUGUCCUCCCUUUCUCCACCGAGCUCGCCCUUGGAUACGCCCUUCCUCCCAGCCUCUCGUGACUCGCCUUUGGCCCCAUUGGGGGACAAUUUGGAGGUGCCAGGUCUGGGCACCCUAGACAGACUGCGGGCUCAGGCCUCUGCACUGGGAGAGGAAGACUUGCAGGGCACGGCGUCCCUUCCGCAGCAUGCAUUCCCUGGGGAUGGGGAAGGACCUCGUGAGCGAGGACCCCAAGUGGCUGCCAUUGCCACCAGUACAACAGUGACUCUUCGAGAAGACAGCGCCAAGAGGCUGGAGAGGAGAGCGCGCCGCGUUUCUGCGUGCCUGUCGGAUUACUCUCUGGCUACUGAUAGCGGGGUAUUUGAACCUCCAACCAAAAGGAUUGAAGAUGCUGAUGAGUCUGCACAUGGAGACGCUUGUGUCAUCGAAGGACCGCAGAUCCAUGUUGGGUAUUGGCAUGACAGUGGCAGUGAAUGUCUCCUCGUGAAUGUGCUCCAGCUGAAGAACUUCGCUGGGCUGGUCGUGAAGGAAGACUGCAAAAUACACAUCCGUGUCUACCUGCCAUCGCUGGACUCCAGCACACCAGACACCUACUGCUCCAAGGCUGUGGAAUUCCAGGCCCCCCUGGUAUUUAAUGACGUUUUCAGAAUCCCCGUGCAUUCAAGCAUGUUGACGUUGAAGUCCCUUCAAUUAUAUGUAUGUUCAGUGAAUCCGCAGCUUCAGGAAGAACUGCUGGGCAUUGCUCAAAUUAAUCUGGCCGACUGUAACAGUCCGAGUGAAAUGCAGCUGCGCUGGUACUCAGUCCAGGUAUUCACCAGCCCCGAGCCACCCAGGGCAAGGGAGAGCCAGCGAGCCGAGAAGAGUGGCACCCGGGACCCCACGCAUGCCGCCGCCGCCGCUGCUGUCGCGGCAGCUGCUGCCUCUGGGAAGACGGACGCGGUGACGGUGCUGCUGGCUAGAACCACAGCCCAGCUGCAGGCGGUGGAGAGAGAGCUGGCGGAGGAGCGGGUGAAGCUGGAGUACACGGAGGAGGAGAUCCUGGACAUGGAGCGGAAGGAGGAGCAGACCGAGGCUGUGUCCGAGCGGAGCUGGCAGGCCGAUUCGGUGGAUAGUGGCUGUAGCAGCUGCACCCAGACCAGCCCCCCAAACCCAGAGCCCUGCUGCACCACUGUGGACUCCAUCCAUGGACAGCCAUUUGUGGGCCAGGCAGAUCCUUGCAGUGUUGAGAAACUCCAGCCCCCUCCUCGGAAGGUUGAUAAGGAAACCAACACAGAAGACCUCUUCCCCGAAGAACUAGCGAUUCUGCCGAAGGAGCGGCCCAGCCGCAGGGCCCGCGCGUCGCCUUUCGUCCGCAGUAGCACAAUUGUCCGUUCCCAGACUUUCUCGCCUGGGGCACGGAGCCAGUAUGUUUGCAGACUUUAUCGUAGUGACAGCGACAGUUCAACGCUGCCCCGGAAGUCUCCCUUUGUCCGAAACACUUUGGAAAGACGAACCCUUCGCUAUAAGCAGUCCUGUAGGUCAUCCUUGGCCGAGCUCAUGGCCCGCACCUCCCUGGACCUGGAGCUGGACCUCCAGGCUUCGAGAACUCGGCAGAGGCAGCUGAAUGAGGAGAUCUGCACCCUUCGCGAGCUGAGGCAGCGCUUGGAGGACGCCCAGCUCCGAGGCCAGACCGACCUCCCGCACUGGGUGCUGCGGGACGAGCGAUUCCGGACUCUGCUGAAGGAAGCAGAGAGGCAGACCAGACAGACCAAACUUGACUUCCAUCAAGAACAGGCAGCUGAGAAGAUGCUGAAGAAGGCCUCCAAAGGGGUCUGCCAGCUGCGUGGGCAGAACCACAAAGAGCCCAUCCAAGUGCAGACCUUCAGGGAGAAGAUAGCAUUUUUCACAAGACCAAGGAUUAACGUACCUCCUCUGCCCGCCGAUGAUGUUUGAUGUCGUGCUUUGUACACAUGAAGUAUUUAUCUUCCUGUUUUAUUUUCAUGAAGUUCUUAGACUAGCUAAAUUUGUCUUUUAAAAUAUUUGUGCAAAGCUAUUAAUAUACACAUUUUGUAAAAAAAACACAUAUAUCUAUACAUAUAUAUUUUAUAAUAGUGACGGCAACAGGGCUUGGUUUUUCCUUGUUGUGAAAUUGACAUCUCUGAAGACAAGUUAUUUUAUAAAAGAUCAACUAUCAUGUUAAGAGUGUACAGUUUUUACGCUGUUUUAUUUGACUUAAAGGCUGGAAGACAGAAACGAAGUGAGUUCAGGCAAAUUCACUGUAUUGUAAUUUAUUUAUAGUACUUUUUUUUUCCUUGAAGGAAAAUACUGACUUUAAAAUGUAUUUUAAGGCUGAAAUUUUGUUCUUCAGUAUUUGUCAUGCAGUAGAAUGGAACUUUGGGGCCGGUUUUGUUUCUGACACAGAAAUGCAAACACUUUGUGCUAAAUUUGUCACUUGUACCAGCUUUUCAUGUGUGCCUUUAUCAUGUGUAUUGUCCACUGUCACACUCAUUACGUUCUGUUUAGAUCCCACCCCGGGGCUCAGCCGUAGUUCACAUGCAUGCAUCGCAGAACUCGGUCUCCUGGGGGACUUCGGCUGAGAACCCCUCGUUUCUGUGUUGCGUCAUCACGCAUGGUUCUGUGCUCCCCUCGAGUUUGAAGCGGCCCCGGCUGGGGCCUGCCUGCCCACAUGGCUGCCCACACUGCCCUGCACCAACCUGGACAGCCGCCCUCCCAGUGUGCCCUAUCUGACCGGGGCUCUCGUUCUACUGCUCUGUCAUGAAGGAAAGUGAAAGGGACCUAGAAACGUGACUCUCAUCAGUCAGUGACUCCGCCCAUGCGACGGCAGUUCUGACAGUUCUGACCUUGGCUUGACCUCUGAAGGCGCUUUUCUGGGGAAGGAAGCGUGUGCGGUGACUCAGUUACCCAGCGAGUCAUUCACAGGAGAGGAUGUGAGUUAUUUGAUUGAAAUCGGAAUCCUUCCCCCCAGUACUGGAAUCUACCCAAUAUUUCUUAAGAAAUCUUAGAAGUAGCUCAUGAGAAAUUUUUUUUUAUGUAAUAGAAAAUACCAUUAUUCUUUUAAAAUGCGAAAUGAUAUAUUUUGCCUAAUGCAUAUUUAUUAUAUAUGAAAUGCACUCUCCUUUUUGAGGCCUCAGAGAAGUAAGUGAGGUGGUCACACGAAUUAGAAAAGAAAACACAACUCCCUCUUUCUAGAUUUUUCUGCCCCUCCCUUGGGGGUGCCCCCCUUUUUAAUCAAUGUCUCUCUUCUAAUUAGUCUAUAAUUGCCCCCUUGUAUAAGCCACCUUCCCUUUUGCAUUUAUUAAAAGUGAAUUUUGUAAAAGUAUUUCAUUGACGCGCGACCUGUCACGGGCAAUGGAAUUUGUCAGUGGUGGUAAGACUGAAACUUUUGCUUUGACAGUUGUCAUCUCUUGCUAUGUAUUUGUGCCUCUACUCUGCUGGUUUUUUGUUUCGUUUUGUUUUUUGGCUGAUUUCUCUGUGCACAUACCCACGACGGAGAUAGAGACAUGCAAAGCAUCGCAGCCUGGCAGGCAGCAUCGUGGAGCUGGGAGGACGGUGGCAGGCCCUCUCCGUGCCUGCAGUGUUGAAACUUUCAGCAACCACUGUCUGCCUCUGGGCUCGGGGGAUGUGGAGGGCAGAUCACUGACCCUCCCUCACGUGAGAGAGGCCCCUGGCCACACGGCCUGGCUGCCUCUGCAGCAGCUGCUUUGAUUUUGCAGCUUCCAAUGAGUUAAGACUGCCCCUCCCCCCCGCAAGCACCCACUCGUGAAAAAGUGGAGUCUUAUCAUCUUAAGGGGUAUUUGCAUCUUCUGUUUAAACUUGUCUACACCAUGCUUAGUGAUUAAGAGCACUCUGCUGUGUUCAUCAGCAGUUUGAAUCCAGACACGGGGAAAAGGGAAUUUGAUCUUCACUUCAUCUGAUCAUCGAAUCAUCACUGCUGAAAUCAGUAACCUUCUGUUGUGGGAAUAAGUUCUAAUCAGUAGUCAUCUCUGUUCUAAUUGUCAUUUGUAUUGCUUGAAAGUGUUUCUUCUAUAAAAUUAAACUAAUCUGCCUUAAGAACAAAA